ACGACGAUCCGUUUCUCGGCAACGUUUCGUCAACAAAAGUUCCAUAAGAUUCGUUUCAUCCAUCAGCUGCGCAAUGGAAAAGCCAAAAGGGGACGUUUCGCUUCAUGACCAAUCAUUGAGUCUUCAAGAGGCGCCACUAAUGGGACACAGAAAAGAGCAUCAGGAGGAGCAGCCCCAGUGGACGUGGUCCCUCAAAUGGGCGGCAAUCGGAUCCUCGCUUGGAGCGGCCGUUCCAGUGGGAUACUGCACGGGUGUGAUGAACAGUCCCGCUGAGCUCAUGCGCUCCUGGUGCAACGAAACGCUUAUUGCCCGCUACGAUCUGUACCUGGGCGAGUCAAGCCUAGAGCUCCUGUGGUCGGCCCUCGUUUCCAUAUUCCUAGUGGGAGGCGCCAUUGGUUCUGUGACGGGCGCCACUAUGGCCAACCGUUUCGGACGUCGCGGCUGCUUCAACAUCUGUGGCAUCCUCCUGACGUUGGGCGCCAUUUCUUUUUACGCCUGUCGACCCUUGGGCUCCGUGGAGCUCCUGCUGUUGGGUCGCUUGCUGGUUGGACUUGCGGGUGGUCUCCUCACGGCCUUCAUGCCCAUGUGGCACAGCGAGAUAUCGGCUCUCUCGCAGCGCAGCACAUUGGCUCCGCUCUGUCCGAUGGGUCUGACCCUCGGAGUGGUUGUGGCGCAGGUUUCCAGUCUACGCUCGGUGCUCGGAGGUCCCGAGAGCUGGCACUUCGGACUGGCCUUGUACGGCCUCCUGGUGGUGGCGUGUUACGCCCCCUUCAGGUGGUAUCCCGAGAGUCCCAAGUGGCUAUAUGUCGUCAAGGGGCGCAAAGAGGAGGCCCGCCACCAGCUGCAGUUGCUGAGGGGCUACACGUCGGAGAGUUCCGCUCUGCAGGCAGAGAUCGACGAAAUGGAAAUGGAGGCUGCUUCCAAGGUGGCGACAAGUGGAUUGGUGGAGGUGCUGCGCGACCCUAAAUUGCGCCUACCCCUGAUCAUCGUCUGUGCUUUUCUGGGUGGCCAGCAGCUAUCGGGCAUAAAUGCAAUCUUCUACUACUCGGUGUCCAUCUUUCGCAAGGCGGGUCUGUCCGUCCAGGCGUCGGAGUGGGCCAAUCUGGGUGCGGGGUCCCUCAAUCUGGCCACCUCGAUGCUGGGUCCCGUGUUGCUGGAACGAGUUAACCGGCGACCACUAAUGCUUUUCUCCACCUUUUUCAGCGCGAUCUUCCUGUUCUUGUUUGCCAUGAUGCUCUACUUCAUUGAGAGCUUUAGCUGGUUUGCCAUGGGUUGCAUUGGCUGCAUCUUCCUGUACAUAUUCUUCUUUCAGUUUGGCCUGGGACCCAUACCCUUCUUCAUCGGAGCAGAGCUGUUUGAACUUGCUUCCCGUCCUGCCGCCAUGUCACUGGGAAGCGUUGUAUACUGGCUGUGCAACUUUGUCAUUGGCAUGACCUUCCCGACGUUUCAGAACCUCUGGGGUGCCUUGGUCUUCCUGCCGUUUUCGGUCAACUGUCUACUGCUUUUUGUCCUGACAAAACGAUACUUGCCGGAGACACGCGGUCGCGAGCCUUUCGAGGUGGCUCCACUUGUCGCCUCAGGCUUUAAAUCAAACGUGUUGCUUAACAAUCGAAUGGCGAACCAUUCGUAGACCGAGUUCAAUAAAUAACCAAACUACCAUCUGGGUGGACAGA